GUCUUCAUUGACCAAGCAAACUCAGGACAGACAACAUUGAACAUUUCUUACAAAACUCUCCAAUUCCAGGUUGUCUCUCCUACAAUCUUCCACAAAUUCUUCAAAAGAAACCCCAUUUGCCAAAUUCCCAAUUCUCAUCAAUUCAUCAAUUUUCAAUAUUUUCACCUUUUUUCCCAUUCUUUUUGCAUAAAAAAAGUUUUAGAAUUCAAUGGGAACACCAGCAUUCCCAAAUCUUGGAAAACAUUGUUCUGUUGAGGAUUGCAGGCAGAUUGAUUUCUUGCCUUUUACCUGUGAUUGUUGUCACAAGGUGUAUUGUCUAGAUCAUCGGAGCUAUAUUAGACACCAGUGUCCAACAGCUAACAAGAAUAACGUCACGGUGGUCAUCUGCCCGCUCUGUGCGAAAGGCGUACGGCUUGACCCUAACGAAGACCCAAACAUAACUUGGGAAUCUCAUGUGAACACCGAGUGUGAUCCAUCGAACUACGAAAAAGCUACGAAAAAACCAAAAUGUCCUGUGCCUCGCUGCAAAGAGCUCUUGACUUUCUCCAACACGAUCAAAUGUCGGGAUUGUACUGUCGAUCACUGCUUGAAGCACCGGUUCGGACCCGAUCACAGCUGUCCCGGACCUAAGAAACCGGAAUCUGCUUUCCAGUUCAUGAACUUUCUGAACGGAAGUAAAGACGAGCCUCCCAACAAAACGAAAAAUCAGUCCACAUCGUCCUCAAGAUGGACGAGCUUAUUCAAGGUAGUAGAAUCCGUAAAGGAAAAGUUCAACAGUGAAUUUAGUCAAACACCUCAGACGGGGCCCAGCCAUAGAGCGAACACGAGCAGUCAAGUAGAGCAAUGUCCACAAUGUCAUGUAAGAUUUUCUACUGUUAAAGCUCUCAUCGAUCACGUACAGAAAGUACAUGAAAAGAACGGUGUUAUGAACUUGACAGUCGAUGUUUGCCCGAGGUGUAGUAAAGGUUUUCGAGAUCCUGUGGCUCUUGUGGAACAUGUUGAAAGGGAACAUAAAGGAACUUCUAAGGCUUAAAUUUUGGAGGUCCAUGUAAAGAAGCAAAAGUACAUAAUACCUUCUUUUUGUUAAUUCUUUUUUCAGAAACUAGAAGUCUAUAUGUGUUCUUAAACUAUUGCAAUUGUUUGAGGCUGGUUGGAGAUCAAAACUGACUUUAAACAUUUUGUAUUUCUCUUGUGAACAUGGAACUGAUUUUGCCAUUGAAUUAAUCAUUUUAUCUGGUAU